AUGGUUGUCUUCAGCAAAGUUACGGCCGCUCUCACUUGCUUCUCGGUCGCUGCCUCGGCUGCAGCUGUGCCAGUCAAGAGCCCCCGUCAGGCCUUCACUGUAAGCCAGGUGAAGAAGACUACUACCGGCGCUAAGACUGUCAACUUGCCCGCUUUGUACGCCAAAGCACUGUCCAAGUAUGGUGCACCGGUCCCGGCCGCAGUUCGCGCUGCUGCUGUGAGUGGCUCUGCCAUUACCACCCCUGAAGGCAACGACGAUGAGUACCUCACGCCAGUCAAGAUUGGCGAAACCACCUUGAACUUGGACUUCGACACUGGCUCUGCUGACCUCUGGGUUUUCUCUUCCGAACUCAGUCCAUCGGACCAGAAUGGCCACGACGUCUACCAGAUUGGCAGCUCCGGCACUAAGCUGUGGGGUUCUAGCUGGUCUAUCUCUUACGGUGAUGGCAGCAGUGCCAGUGGUGAUGUCUACAAGGACACUGUCACCGUUGGUGGAGUCAGGGCCAUUGGCCAAGCCGUUGAGGCUGCCCAGCAGAUCAGCGAGGAGUUCGUGCAGGACACAAGCAACGACGGCCUGCUGGGUCUGGCUUUCAGCUCCAUCAACACCGUCACCCCCGUGCCUCAGACUACUUUCUUCGACACCGUCAAGUCCAGCCUCGACCAGCCCCUGUUUGCUGUGACUCUCAAGCACGGUGCCCCUGGCACCUAUGACUUCGGUUUCAUUGACGAGAAUAAGUUCAUUGGAUCUGUUGCCUUCACCGACGUUGACAACUCCGAUGGAUUCUGGUCCUUCACCACCGACAGCCACAAGAUCGGCUCCGGUUCUACUGGCGGCCCUAUCACCGGUAUUGCCGAUACCGGUACCACCCUUCUCCUGCUCCCUGACUCUGUCGUCGACGCCUACUACAGACAGGUUAAGGGCGCCCGGAACAGCGACUCUGCGGGUGGCUAUGUCUUCCCUUGCUCUGCCAACCUGCCUGACUUCACUGUGACCAUCAGUGGCUACGACGCCGUGGUUCCCGGAAGCCUCAUCAACUACGCUUCCGUCAACCCUGGUAGCUCCUCCUGCUUCGGUGGUAUCCAGAGCAACACUGGCCUUGGCUUCUCCAUCUUCGGUGAUAUCUUCCUUAAGAGCCAGUACGUCGUUUUCGACUCUGAAGGACCUAGUCUUGGUUUCGCCGCCCAGGCAUAA